UCGAAAGCGACGCAAGUGCCAGCCAGCGCCAACUCCUUCACGCCCUCCCGGUUGGGCGGCGGAACCCGACCCGACCCGACCUCGCCGGAACCUCCCCCGCCCAGAUCGCCGGCGGAGUCCCUCCUGGCCCCCGGAGGUGCGCACGUUACGGCCUCCCUGCGCACCCCUCGCGCACGUUACCGCUGCCCCCCGGCCCCUCUGGGAAGGCAUUAGGCACCACCCUUCCACGUCCCCCCACCCUCGCGGCAAGAGGCAAGAGGGAACGGGGAACGACCUAAAAAGGAGAGACAGCAAAUGCGGUUGGGCGUGGUCUCAUCUUUAGCACCUCCCGAGUUCCGAAAAGAGAGCAGCUUUUCCUGGGUCCGUGCCUCUGUUUUUCCCGAGCGAUGGGGUCGGAAGAUGGCGCCAAAAGAGGCAACGAACAGCGGACGCGCUUGCUCGGCCACGAUCAGAUUCCGCCUCCGCCUUCGCCUUCGCCUUCGAUGCAACAUUGUGGCGACAAGCCGGCCGACAAGCUGCUCACGUUGCCGACGGUCCUGACGCUUGGCCGGGUCGCCGCCGUGCCCCUCUUCGUCAGCACCUUCUAUGUCGAUAGUUGGUGGGGGACAACUGCUACUACGAGCAUCUUUAUUGCUGCUGCAAUCACAGAUUGGCUUGAUGGGUAUCUUGCUAGGAAGAUGAGACUAGGCUCUGUAUUUGGUGCAUUUUUAGAUCCUGUAGCUGACAAGCUCAUGGUAGCCGCCGCAUUAGUUUUGCUAUGUACCAGGCCUUUGGAUGUUGACAUGUUCGAGCAAGCACCAUGGCUAAUGACUGUCCCUUCAAUAGCUAUAAUUGGUAGAGAGAUUACUAUGUCUGCAGUUAGAGAAUGGGCUGCUUCUCAGAAUAGUAAGAUUUUAGAGGCUGUCGCUGUAAAUAAUUUAGGGAAGUGGAAAACCGCUAUGCAGAUGACUGCACUGACCAUUUUAUUGGCUACUAGAGACAGCAGUCUUGGAGGAUCUGAUACUUUAAUAGCUUCUGGAGUUGCUUUGCUUUACAUCUCGGCAGGGCUCGCCAUAUGGUCCUUGAUUGUGUAUGUGGGGAAGAUUUGGAAAGUGUUGAUCAGAUAAGUCUAUUUGCCCUUAAUAGCUGGGGUUUUUGGGCAUAAGAUAAUUUUUACGUGCAACUCGUUCAAGGUGACAUCGACCCAGCAUGCCAUGCCUAUCUUGGAUAUAGAGCCAUACUUGAGUACCGUGCUCAAGGCAACAGAUAUUUCUUGUCGAUAGUCCCUUGUUUGUGGAGUCGUUGAAGCUGAAGCAUCUGGCAGUUCUUUUUUUUAUUUUUCGGUCCGGAGUUGAUAUUUACUUAGUGAUAUACAACUUCUGAGACACAAUUGGGAUGAAGAAUGACAUGCAGGUGUCAAGUAUCAGGCAUCCCUUCUGUAAUAGAUGAACUUGCAAUUUGAGAAUAUUUGUAUUUGAUUUGUUAUAAUGGGAUCCAAUGUAGCUCCCAACAAGAUUGUUCAUUUAUCCAUAAAUUAUUUUUUUGGGA